CCAAGCAAGAUCAUGUUCGCUGAAAGCACGAAAUCGUCCGCGGCCUUGGCCAGGCCAACACGGGCAGAUGCCGGCUUACCAACACUAGAUGGCUGAAAGCAACGGUUGUACUGCAGCACCAGUGGCGCAUCAGCUCUUGUUCUUUUUCCAGGGUUGUUUCUUCUUCUCACGAUGCUCUGGGCACUGCCUGAGUGUCUUGGAUCAGACCUACCCUACCGAGACAAGCACUCCAGCACCUGAGCUCAGAAACACCCAAGACGCUGUUUCCGACCCGUGGGUUCUGAUGAACAGCAAGGGGGCCCCCAUCAAUUCAGUCGGGAUUGUUCUUUCCCCCUUCCCUCUUACCGUUCCUAUUUCACAGUCGGUUCUUCCACCUUGCCACGAUGUGGCGGCCACUUUCCAGGAAAGGAACUCCCACGAGCUAUUCGUCAUGGCAGCGCGCAAACGUUAGCAUUUUCACCUCACACCUGGGUCUUGGCUGUCUCUCUAUUCUAACUGUUCAGCUACCCUUUUCCCCAGCUGAUAUCUCUCAUCUUGUUCCUAUUAUCCUAGCAACUCACCUAUACAUGAUUACCGUUUCGCGCAUAGAUGGGUAGAUAUCAGCCCCUCUCGUCUUGGCUCACCUAGCUACCUACCUCCUCGAUCUACUCAAUAUCCAACCACCUUUUAUUUUACUACGAGAACACGACCUUGCUUUGAUGGAUUGUCACAACCGCCAACAUUCCUGGCGACGAAACAAUGGCUCCCCCGAUAUGGCUCGUCUUGCGAGGCAUCAAGGAAGGGAGCGAGACCUCGUCCUCGGCAGCGGCGGAGAGAAGGAACCCUUCGUACAGCGAGCCGUUGGUUGGCAUGGUCAUAAGUGUCAUCCUGGCCAUGGUCUCGCUAGUUAUUAUCUCCUCGUUUCUGACCCAAAGGUAUCUGGCGGUUAAGCUCUGGAGCAGACUCCCUUUUGUUCAAUACUUGGUGUUCGCUAUCUAUGCUGAUUCCUUUCUGUUUGUGUUUGCUACUGGCAUACUCCAGUUUGGUUUUGGUGUGGGAUACUCGGUAUCAGUGUGCGAAUCAGCCAUUCUAUUGUGUCUGGCUUGCUAUGUAACGACAAAGCUUAUCUACAUGUUUCUGGUCGAAAAAGCCUUCAUCAUACGAUCAGGCUCCAAGAGAAGGCGCAUGACGUCGAAGCUCUAUUUGUUCAACUCGUUCGGCAUGAUCGGGGUUUAUUGCGUUGUUGUCGUUAUGAACUUCAUCUAUCGCAUCACGAGGGUGGAAAACGGCCAAUGCAUAAUAGGCAUGAGGAAGGAAGCCAUGAUCCCUCUGAUAAGCUUCGAUCUGCUCGUCAAUAUAUAUCUUACCUUGGUAUUCUUAAUACCAUUAUCCAGAACGUACACGUGGAAGAACUUUGUCCACACACCUGGCAGUCGACGUCUCCGAACCGUGGCCAUGAGAACUUUUGUGGGUUGUGUCUGCACAUUGACCAGCAGCGUGGUAAACCUAUCCGUGCUUAUGGCUCUCGAUGGCGAGCCAGGCUGGGUGUGCCUGAUGUGUUGUAAUAGUGAUAUCCUCUUCAGUGCAAUUGUCAUCCAAUGGGUCACCUCCCGCGACAGCACUAGCUCGGCGGCCUCUACUGAUUCUGUCAGCGGAGGAGCAUCUCGACCACGAAGUCAGCACAACAACCACACUAGUCACGGGGGAGAGGAGUUGGCCGGUCUCGACAACAGCCAUCACCGCUGCAACGUUAACAACCGGCAGAAGGAUUCUCUCGAGGGGGAUAAGAAACAACAAGCGAGAAACAAGUCACUGAACAGAAAAGGCCUCGUGUCAUCCACCGAUGCCAUCGUUGCAGACGCUGCCGAGAUGUCGAUCAACCACGCCGAGUUUGGAGGGGAUGGGGAUGUCUCGCCGCGAAGUACAGAGGUCAACACGGGGUGUUAUGAUGAUGGUAGGGACAAGGAAACCAACAGGAGGCCGUACACGAGCGGUUCGCUGACCAGAACGACGACAACCACGACGACGAACAACCCGCACGACGACGACGGCGCUGCUGCUGGAAGGUUCCCCCGUCUGCCGCCGGCGCUGGCAACAUCAACCGUCCGGCACCACACCUCAGAAGUUAGAGUCGACGUUGAUUACGGCGCGACGAGUCUGAGUAGCCGCGAGAUUGCCGAUGGGGAGGAGGCUAGGUUGGGGAACAGCAUUGUGAUUGGGUCUGGGACGAGCGUGUGCGGUGUGACGGAUGUCACUGGGGGCGGGAGGUGGACAAAACAACCGCCGGCUUGGAGUCCGGGAACGGGGCCGGGGCUUUAGUGGGGUUCGAACUGGAGUUGUGGUGAACACCGGGAUCAGUGCCAAAGGAGAAGCACGGUGAGCUAUCCGAUCCUUGGGAUGUUGAGGGGACAUGUCGUUGAGGGAAGGGGGUGGAGGGAUUGGAGGAGAAGGACUGCUGAGGAGGAGGGGACGGAGAAGGAGAAGAGGGGUGAGAAGUGCGGGAAGAGUUGGGGUUAAGAGGAGGAGAAGAAGAAGAAGAAGAAGAAGAAGAACAGGUGGGCGGGUAGGUAAGCAAAAGAGGAGUUUUUUCUUUGGUGUGUUUUACUUGUUUCGCACCCUAGGACUCUGGUUGGUUUGGAUACCUUUUUGUUUGGGGGUUGACUUUUCGAUGGUAGGAUACAUGAUCUACUUGCAUAAUGAACAUUGAUUAUGGAUCCUCUGGGGACCUGAUGCUAUGUGGCAUGGAAGUCUCGACUGAGUGGCUAUGAUGAGAUACAAAACUGAUGGCAGAAAGACUUUGCCUGUGAUAGGCGUGCCUGACCGUAGGUAACCAUGGGGGUCGAGUUUCAAUUAUGAUGACAGUGUUCUAACCAUCUGAAAAGUCGCAGUCAAGAGGGGAGACAGAAGAAGUGAAGUAAACAAACAAC